AAAUAUACAUCUGCUAUUCGAAGAAUACAAUGGCGUCAAGAAUCGAAAGUGUUGUUACUGUUCUCUUGUGGUGCUAGUGAGAAAUUGAGAUGUUGGAAAGUUGAGAUAAGAGAUAAGUCUAUCGUGAUAACUGGUGAUGAGGAUAAUGUUGUUGCGGUGGCGAUGCUUUACACAUCGAGACGUGGUAUGGAUGUGUAUAAUAUGUUGGAUGCACAUCCUUCGUCGAUUCAAGGCGUACAUUUAAUCAACGACACAACUUUUGUAACUUCAUUGGAUCAAAGACUGAAUGUUUGGAAGCUUGUAAAAAAGAAAAUCGACUCCUGA